AUAGUUGACAGAUCUUCAGAAAUGUCUUGCCACGAGUCAGACGGGUGUGACCGUUCUCCCUUCACCAGUGGAGACGCGGGGAUGGACGGCACCUGUUCCAGCAGCUGGGCGGUGGGUCCCACCGUGCCGAGUGACUCUCCUCAUCUGUAUGAUAGUUCUGUCUCAUCUGUGGACCGGCCCAAGGAGCAAGUGCUCAGCAAUGAUGACGGCAUUGAGUUGCCGCAGAAGGUCCUCUUCACUCCAGACCGCCUCAAUCUGGAUUGGACCCAGGUUCACCCUAUCGGUGCCGGACUAAAGAACAUGGGGAACACAUGCUUCCUCAACUCAGUGCUGCAGUGUCUCACCUACACGCCUCCAUUUGCUAACUUCUUGCUGACCGGCGAGCACUCUAAAACAUGUGACGUUCCGGGGUUCUGUAUGAUGUGUUCCAUGGAAAACCACAUCAUUGAGGUCUUUUCCAAAUCUGGGAAAGUCAUCAAGACCGUUAGUGUGGUUAAUGAGCUCCACUGGAUAGCACCGCACUUCGACAUUGGAAGUCAAGAGGAUGCCCAUGAAUUCCUGCGGUGCACAAUGGAGGCUUUGCAAAAGUCCUGCUUACCUGGAACCAAAUUGGACAGGGAGACAGAGUCCACUUCUUUCAUCCAUCAAGUAUUUGGCGGGUACCUAAGGUCCAGAGUUCAAUGCUUAAACUGCAACGCAGUUUCGGAUACAUUUGAUCCAUUUGUAGAUAUCAAUCUGGAAAUUAAGCCGGCUUCAGGCGUCUCAAAGGCUCUGGAGGAGUUUGUUAAGCUAGAGCUGCUUGAAGGCGACAACGCCUACAAGUGCGCCGAGUGCAAUAAAAUGGUCACAGCCGCGAAGGGAUUUAGCAUCCACCGCAACCCCAAUGUGCUAACCCUCUUACUCAAACGCUAUGCAGACAACAGAGGACGCAAAAUUAAAGAGAAAGUAAAAUAUCCAGAGUACCUGGACAUGCGGCCGUUCAUGUCGCAGACUCAAGGAGAGGCCCAACUCUACAGCCUGUAUGCGGUGAUUGUCCACUCUGGAUACAGCAGUCGCGCUGGACACUACUUCUGCUAUGUUAAGUCGAGCGAGGGUGAUUGGCAUGAGAUAAACGACGCCUCUGUGUCCGUCAGUGACAUCACCACUGUUCUGAACCAGCAGGCCUAUGUCCUGUUCUACAUAAACCAGCCUUCCUCUGCCAGCAUCUCCUCCUACACCUCUCUACCCCCCCCACAGUCUACCUCAGACGUCCACACUCCAGAUAAUGGAGCAUCGCUCCUGGUGCUGCACGGCCAGGAGGCUUCUGAGGAAUCAGACCAGGAGAACUGUGGUGCUCUGGAUAAUGGCUGCUUAGCCAAGUUUCACCUUAACAGAAACAACGGAACAGGAGGCGUCUUUGAGAAAUCUCCUCAAGCCACAUACAGAGAGUCAGAAAUGCACCAUCCCAACCCAGCGACCUUACUUACCCCGGCAGACCGCUCCGAGAAAACCACAUCGACACUACAGAGACUGGGACUCUGA